AUGGUGAACCCCAGCAUGUGGCCUGCAGAGGACAUCCAGCAACUGCUGCAGCUCCAGCAACUCGUGCUCGUGCCUGGGCACCACCUCCAGCCGCCCGCCCAGUUCCUGCUGCCACAGGCCCAGCAAGGACAGCAAGGGCUGCUUCCGACACCAAAUCUCUUUCAGCUACCUCAGCAAAGCCCCGGGGCCCUGCUGCCCAGCCAGCCCCGUCCAGGGCUGCCCGCACAGCCAGCGCCGCGGCCGGGCCUGCCCGAGCCCCAGCUGGCCCACGCCCCCCCCACAAAAUGCCUGGAGCCCCCAUCGCACCCUGAGGAACCCAGUGACCUGGAGGAGCUGGAGCAGUUCGCCCGCACCUUCAAGCAGCGCCGCAUCAAGCUGGGCUUCACCCAGGGUGACGUGGGGCUGGCCAUGGGCAAGCUGUAUGGCAACGACUUCAGCCAGACGACGAUCUCGCGCUUUGAGGCCCUCAACCUCAGCUUCAAGAACAUGUGCAAGCUCAAGCCCCUGCUCGAGAAGUGGCUCAAUGACGCCGAGACCAUGUCAGUGGAUGCGACACUGCCCAGCCCCAACGCCCUGAGCAGCCCCAGCCUGGGCUUCGACGGGCUGCCUGGGCGCCGCCGCAAAAAGAGGACCAGCAUUGAGACCAAUGUGCGCUUCGCCCUGGAGAAGAGCUUUCUCGCGAACCAGAAGCCUACCUCAGAGGAGAUCCUGCUGAUCGCAGAGCAGCUGAACAUGGAGAAGGAGGUGAUCCGCGUCUGGUUCUGCAACCGGCGCCAGAAGGAGAAGCGCAUCAACCCCUGCAGCAGCAGCCCCAUGCUGCCCACCCAGGGCAAGCCCCCCACCUACAGCCCCCACAUGGUGACCAGCCCUGGCCCCGGCGUGAGCCUCCCGCUCUCCCAGGCGUCCUCCAGCCUGAGCACAACAGUGACUACCUUGUCGGCGGCACUGCCCCCAGGCCGGCCGGGUGCAGGCGGGGGGGCCCCAGCCCUCAGCCCUCCAAGCUCGGUGCUGGGGGUCAACACGGGGUUAAACCCGGCCCUCAUGGCCACCAACCCACUGGCCACCAUCCAAGCCUUGGCCACUGGUGGCAGCCUGUCGCUUAGCAGCCUGGAGGGGGGCGGGGUCCUGAACCACGCGGGGCUGCCGCUGCUGGCCCCGCCGCCGGGCGGUGUGGGGCUGGUGCCGGCACCUCCUGGCCCCCCUGGCCUGCUGGGCAAGUCCCCCGGGCGCCCGUCCUCCUCCUCUUCCUCCUCCUCGUCCUCCUCUUCCUCCUCCUCGUCCUGCUCGUCCUGCGACGCCGGCCACGACCCCGACCCAGAUGCCCCCAUGGAGUGA